AUGACUACUGGCAGAAUCAACCAGGUAACUAUCGUUCGCCGGGGUUGGCCUACCGGCGCCGUGUUUCAUGCGCCGGAGAGAUUGUCCAAGUUACUGGUAGGCGCUCUCGCAGUUGAGAGCGCUGCACGCCGAGAAGUCUCCCGCCAGCUGCUAGGCCAGGUGAGAGACCGCCCUGCGGCAAAUCCGCUUUCCCCCUCUUCGUUCCCCAGGACAGUCCGUCCACACGCACUAUGCGCCCGCUGUGGGCAGUGCGGUCUAGGCGUCCCAGGAGGAGGACUCAGCGAGCAGCUUCAGCCAUUGCGGCGUCCGCUGCCCGUGGUUGACUCCUGA